AUGGACGUCAACGGUUCGUCGGCGUCGCCCAGCUGGGCCGAAUACGCGUCCUCGAAGCUGCCGUCAUCGGACUCGACCACCAACUCGGCCUUCUACCUGUUGGCGCUGCUAGCUGUGGUCUCCGUCUUCGCGGCACCGAUCCGGAACAGGCUCCGGAGCGUCGAGAUCUACCCGGUCAUCAACACGACCAAGGAGGAGUACCUCAAAGAAGGCAAAGCCCUCCUCGCCAGGGGCGCCAAGGAGCACAACGGCAAGCCCUUCCGAGUGUACACGGGCCAGGGCACCCUCACGGUGCUGGCGCCCGAGUUCGUGCACGAGGUGAAGAACGAUGAAAGGCUGAGCUCGACCGAGUUCCUGCUGGCCUACUGGCAGGCCGGGACGCCGGGGUUCGAGCCGUACAUCAGCUCCGGGAGCGAGUUGAUUCGCGAGAUGAUACGAACACGCCUGACACCGGGCGACGUCGCCAAGCUAUCACAGCCCCUUGCAGACGAAGCAGCCGAUGCUCUCCGAGACGUCUUUACCGACGAUGAAGAAUGGCACGAAAUAACCCUCGCCUCGGCGAUCCCGCAAAUCGUCGCCCGCGUCUCGGCGCUCGUCUUCCUCGGCCCCGAACUCUGCCGCGACCCGGUCUGGCUCGACAUCACGAUCAACUACCCGAGCAAAGCCAUGGCCGCCGCCAAGGUGCUGCGGUCCUACCCGUCGCCGAUCCGCCGCCUCGUGCACUGGUUCCUCCCCUGCUGCCGCGAGCUCCGGCGGAUGCUCCGCACGGCGCGCCUGGCCAUCGAGCCGAUCCAGCGGCGGCGGCGGGAGCAGGAGACCGGGGCGGGCAGUGCGGCGUCCGACAACGCGCUGGCGUGGAUCGAGAAGCUGGCGAGCAGGCAGAGAGACACGACGGCGCAAACGGCGGCGUUCCAGCAGCUGGGGCUGUCGAUCCUCGCCAACGCGUCGUCCACGGACCUGAUCUCGCAGAACAUCCUGGACCUGUGCCGCAACCCGGAGCUGACCGAGCCGCUGAGGGACGAAGUCCUGCGGGAGACCAGUGGCGGGUGGAAGACGUCGUCAGUGUACGGGCUCAGGCUCAUGGACAGCGUGUUGAAGGAGACGCUGCGGCUGAAGCCCAUCGCGUCAGUUGCCCUUGGACGCCGAGUCAUGGAGGACGGAGUGAGACUGAGCGAUGGUAGCAUGCUCCCAAGGACGACGGGCGUGGCCGUAUCCUCGGCCAAGAUGUGGGAUCCCGAGAUCUACCCGCGGCCCGAGACGUUUGACGGGUACCGCUUCCUUCGCAUGCGCGAGUCCGGCAACAACGAGCACGUCGCCCAGCUCGCCAGCGUGUCGCCGGAGCACCUCGGGUUCGGACUCGGGCCACACGCGUGUCCCGGCCGGUUCCUGGGCUCGAACUCCGCCAAGCUGAUCAUGGCGUACAUCCUGCUCCGGUACGAGUUCAAGCUGGCCGACGACAUCGACGCGGCGGCGGUCGAUCCAGUGCGGUUCGGGUUCUCGACGUUGGCGAAUCCCAGAGCCAAGGUUUGGAUCAGACGAAGGAAGGAUACUGCGUAA